UAUAAACUUUAUUGUAACGCAACAAGGACUAAAAUCCUUGAAGAAUUCGAGACGGAAGUUAAGCAAAAUAAUAGGAUUGCCAACAAUUUGUGUGACGUCACUCGAAUGGAGCCUCUAGUCUUCUAAAAUUACAUGAGCGCAUAAGAAAAAUGUAAUACGGCGUUUACGGUCUAUUUUCCAACAAUUUUACAAACGAAAGUGCCUGGAGAAGUGUGUGACUCGUGUUCUAUUAAUCUAGUUUUACGAUCGACCAGUGAAGAGAAAAUUAAUUAUUUUGUUGAAGCAGUUACUUUGGUUACGAGAUUAUUUAAUUUAUAUUGUGGUGAUGAAAAUGCAAAAACAGCGACCGCCCAGAUUCAAAUACAACUAAGCAAUUGUAAUCUGUCAGAAUGCCGGUCGUAUCGCCAACCCGUUACACGCCUACCUCCUCCACGCUCACUGGGUCCUACCGAUCCUCCCUGACCUCAACCUCAAGCAUCGACAAGCCAUACUAUAGAUCCAGCAGUGGGACUUACGUGACGUCCACUUUGCGAAGCAGCUACGGCGAUAGGACUACGGAGUACAGGUCGCGGUACUCCGAUGUGGACGGGAAGCGUGAAAGGAAGACUUCCCUAGUGGAAUAUUCGAGAAACUCCCGCGCGCCGAGCGUCACAGACUCGGAUAGCGGUAUAUCCUCUAGAUACAGGUCGGAGAGGAGCGAGUCCAGGUCCAGAGAUGUGUCGACAACUAGAAGCGAGAGCAGCCGGACGUCGGAUCUCAAUAGAUCGAAACGGAAUGUCCUAUCUUCCACAGCCCUCGCUAUGUCGGCAGCGGAGUUGUACAACAAAUACUCACCGGCGAAUUAUGUGCCAUUGACACAGAGAAUCCAGCAGAGUCGGGAGCAGAACAGUUACGGGGAGAUAUCCAGGUCGAAAUCGAUCUCCAACGAUAUCGGCAGGCCGCCUGCGCCGGAUCUGAGGAACAGGAAGCCGAGGAACUCGGCGGCCACGAUAUCCGAGAAACCGGAAGGCAGAAGAUACAAGGACUCGUCGCCGACGUCCAGUUACAGCAAAAGGAGCUCCAUGUCGAAUGGCAUUAAGGACACUAAUGGCAACGAAGUGCCGUCCGUCUCUGAGAUAAGAAAGAGAUUCGAUCCCAAAAUGACAGUAACGAAACUGCCCGUGAACGAAUCCAAAUAUCCUUCCAAAACUGUUGAGCAAUAUUUGAGUCAGCUCAAAGAUUGUGAAAACGGGACGUCGGGAUACACGAAAAUCAACCCAAAAGACGACCAACCCGUACCAAUACAUAUGCCAAGCGAAAAGAACGGCUUGAACAGUAGAUGGGAGGUGUCUCCAAGUAAAUUAACAUCGGAUAUGACUCUCAGCAAAACUAUAUCGGAACCGGUGUCGUUAGCCAAGCCUGCAGUUGAAAAAACGGCCAUGUCAACAUCUCUUAACAGUAAACUGCAGUCGGACAAACUGGCCAGCAUUAAAAGCCAGCUAGACCCUAACAAUCCCAUCGGGAAAAUUCUAGAAAUGUCCACCGUAAUCCAGGUGGAAAACGGCGACACCGAUUACGCCGAACGUAAGAAAUUGCGCAACAGUCCAGAAGUGAAGCUCAAAGAGCUCAAGAACGAUAUCGAGAAGCAAGUGAAAACGCCAAAACACACGUCGAAUUUCGCUUCCUACAUACAGAUAUCCCAACCGGUGGCCACGGGCACGUCACCUAAAGCUGAGAAGAAAACGAAAGUGAACCUUAAGUACAUAGAUUCAGAGGAGCGUAUCGCGCUGGAGAACGAUAUAGACUCGCCCAACGGCACAGGCUUUGAGAACAAAACGUUUGAACACGAAAAUUUUCUCAAGAAGCGUACGGAGAAGUUGGAGGACAAGGACGAUGGGGUUAAAUCCAUGGAGACGAGUACAGAGAGUACUAUAAGCGAGCCGACCGAAGACUCGAGUCCCGAGACGUCGUCAGCUCGGCUGCGGAUCUUGGAUAAGGACCAGGAUGAUAUAAGAACGGAGUUGGCCGGCGGUAAGAGUGGGCCGAGCGGUCUGCGCAGGAGCAGCGAGCGCUCGGACAUAGCUGAGCACACGGACAAACACUCCACGACUAGCGGUCUCAACGGCCUCCGCAACAUCGGCAACACGUGUUUCAUGAACAGCGUGCUGCAGUGCCUCAGCAACACCGGGCCGCUGCUGGAGUACGUGUCCGAUGACAAGUACAUGAACGACAUCAACACUACGCUCAGCUGCAUGAAGGGCGCGCUCAUCAAAGCAUUCGCGAGCGUGAUAAAGGAGCUAUGGCGCAGUGGCGAACGGGACUCUGUUGUGAACACGACAUCGCUCAAGUCGCAGGUUCAACGUUUCGCGCCGAGGUUCAUGGGUUACAGCCAGCAAGAUGCGCAGGAAUUCCUCCGUUAUCUGCUGGAAGGUUUGCACGAGGACGUGAACCGCGUAACGGUUAAGCCGAAACCGAUACUGUCCGAAAUUGACGAUAGUCUCAGCGACUCGGCGAAGGCGGGCGAGGCGUGGUCGCGCUACCUGCGCACGGAGGACAGCCGCGUGGGCGACAUAUUCGUCGGCCAGCUGAAGUCGACGCUGCGCUGCACGCACUGCAACCACGACAGCGUCACCUUCGACCCCUUCUGGGACCUCAGUCUGCCGAUACCCUCGCGCACCGGUAACCUGAAGAUCCAGCAGUGUUUGCAGCAUUUCGUCAGGGAGGAGGAGUUGGACGGCGACGAGAAGCCGACAUGUUCGAAGUGCGGAGUUCGCAGAAAGUGCCUCAAGUGGUUCACCGUACAAAAGUUUCCAAGGGUUCUCGUGCUGCAUCUGAAACGUUUCUCGCCAACGGAGCGCUUCCGCGGCAAGCUGAGCGUCGUGGUGGAGUUCCCGCUCGCCGGCCUCGACAUGUCGCCCUUCGCCGCCAACAGGAACACAUCGGCCGUUUAUAAUCUGUACGCGGUCAGCAAUCACUCCGGUACGACAUACUCCGGCCACUACACGGCGUACUGCAAGCAUCCGUACACCGGCGACUGGCACGAGUACAACGAUUCGAGAGUAUCACCGAUAAAUCCGCGCGAUGUCGUCUCGUCGGAGGCGUACGUUCUGUUCUACGAGCUGGCUGCGACCUCGUAGCGCCUGUAAUGGAGCGACGCAACUGCUACAGCAACACCGCGAUGCCCGCGGGCGUGCCGUUUGCUGUAAACAUGAUAACAUACAUACAAAAAAACGUGUACAACGCACGACUUGCGCGCGUGUACAUCGGCCAUGUUGGAUUCGAUGACGUCACUUUACUCAAUGGCAGCUGUUUUUGAACCGUUUCGUUUUUUACUCGAUGUCGGUUAUUUUUUUUUUUUCCAUUUUAUUAACAAAAAAAAAAUAGUUAUGUUGUUCUUCCGAGUUUAAAAUUAUGAUUUUUAUCUUAUGACCCAUUUGUAAUUGUAAAAUAGAUAUCUAAUAAAUUUAAAACGAACUUGAUUUUAUUUUCCGUUUCGUUUUUAUAUAUUUUAAGACAUUCAAAAAUUACAAAAACGGUUCGCAAACACUGCUAAUAUAAAAUAAUAGGUAAAAUAAAGAAAUGUACAAAUUGGCUGCCUUAACGUUGAUUAGCGGUUUCAUCCAAGCUAGUUUGGUGUUGCGUUAAUUUAAUAAAUUAAUAUAAAUAUAUAAUUAGAUAAAACGAUAAUCUCGAAUUAAGUGUCAUCCUAUUUAAUUGUUUCGUUUCAAUUAUUUAUUUAUUUUUGUAUAUUUUAUUUCUCUAGAUUUUUCACGUCACUGUAGAUUAAUCGUAACUAUGUAAUCAAUAUUAUGAUCUAAUAAAACUAAAAUGUCAUAAAUACUUUUAAUUCAUAAUUUCAUUGUUUUAAAUUUAUAUAAACACGUAAUAAGUUGUCGCGGUGCACCUAACUCGAUUGUUGCAUGAUUUGUCACUUAAAUUUUAGUGUAACACUACAAAAAAUUAUCCUCCACUUAUUAUAGUGUUCACUAGAUGGUGUUACGAUUUUUAAAGUGUAGUUAAGUGUUGCAAUAUUUAAAUUGAAAUAAAAGAAAAUGAUGCGGCUAUAUCGAUGAUUCAAAAAUGUAUCCCUAAAUUGGUUACAAUAUAAUUGUAUUGCGAUACGCGUUUAGUGUUCGAUAGUGUUACACUACAAAGUUAGUGCGACACUACAAAGAGUGUGACACUACAAAUGUGAAGCACUAUAAAAAGAUUGCAAAAGUCGUGGGUCGUACACGUGUGUCGUGCCUAGUGCUUAUAAUUAAUUUAGAUUAAUAUUAUAAUAAUAAUAAUAUUAUUAUGUAAAUAAAAUAUAAUCGAAACGUUUAUCAUAAUAAUUGCUGCGUUGUUUUUGAUGAGGUUUAUUUAUAAUGUUAUUGUGGUGCCAAGAUGUUUUUUUUUUUUUUUGUUUUUGGAUUUUUGCAUUUAUAUCUUCACGUAUGUAGUUUUCGAAAUUCAGAGUUGAGUACAAGGAAACAAAUGCUAUUUAUCUUUAUAUUACGUAUAAAUUGUUAAAAAAAAAACGUAAUAUACGUUUUGUUAAAUGUCAUAUAAUUAAAAACAAUCAUUGUGUGCUUUUAUUUUUUAAUCUUCAAAAAUGACGCAGUCGCUAGACUUGAAAACGCGCGUUUUUUUUAACUUUCAUUGUGUUAACUUUUUCUUUUUGAAUUUCUUAUCCAUAAUAAUUCAUAACACUCCGUCCACUAGAUGUUUUUUGUUUUUAUUUCGCAGAGAAAAAAAAAAGUUAAAAUUUCGCGCGUUUUUUUUUAGGUCCGCGAACGAUACGCAGUGAUUUUGUGGUAUCCUUAUUUUUUAAUUAUAUCACGUAUUUUGUAAUUCUUCCACCGACUUCCAAUACAGAAGGAUGUUCUCAAGUCGACUGUAUUUUUUUGCGUUUGUCACCUCAGAACUUUUGUCUAGGUUAACUGAAUUUUGUGAAGUCCACUUUUUGAAAGCUGUUGCCAACCGUGUGGUCGUGUUAACAUGAUCUAGUUCUGUCAAUUUGAAGUCGUUUUGGUUUUGUUGUUAAAAUUAAUUAAUUAUUAAAUAUUACAUAAAACAUUUUUACACGAGUUAAACCUAUUUACUUUAAGGGAUGUCUAAAACGUGAUGAUGCCAAAACUGAUGCGAUUUAUAUCUGUUAAAGAACGGUCCAGAAGGCACUAUCCCGAUAUAAGCACGAACUAACAGACGUAAUUCCUAAAAUAAUAUUUUGUCACAGCAUUUAUCAAUAAACACCUCGCUGCGUGUCGUUCGCCGUUGUUCGUUAAUUAAUUAAUACGUAUUUCUUUCGAGUCACUAAUUCUAGUUUUACUUAGUUACCUAAAAUCUGUCUAUGUAUAGGUUUUGAAACCGGUGUGCGUAUAGUGAGGCCGCUUGCUUAUCUGUGGGUUUACAUUUCUGAACGCAGGGCGGAAACGGUCAUUUAAAUUGUUUUAAAAAGUUUUUUUUUUUCAAAUGGUCGCUUGGCGCGAAAAUUUAGGUGUCGUAUGCGUUUAAAAAAACAUACUAAAUAUUUAUCUUCGUUAAUAUGACGAAAAUAAAAAUGUACACAUUUUUUACCAUAAUUAUUUCAAUUUAUAUGACGCAGCUUUUUCCCCUGCGUUUAAACCACAGUUUUGAUAAUAUGAUUAAAAAUCUGAAGAUACGAUAUAACAAUAUAAAUAUUUCCGUUUGUAAGUUGUAAUAAUGACAUACAAACAUACUUUUUAUUUAUUAACAGACUUGAUUAUAAGAGUUUGUCGUGUGUUCGAUUUUUUAUUAUACGAAUGUAUGGAAAAGUAACCAUUUCAUAUUUCAAAAAUGUCAUUUACAUUUUGCGGUCACCUUUUGUUAACUAUAUUUUUUUGUGACUAAUUGACGUGUUAAAUUUGUAAAGUUAAAUUAAUAACGCACUUUUUCAUCUAUUAUGCUUUUAAUAACAAGAAAAAAGUGACGUACAGUUUUUUUUUUAAUAUUAUGUAAAUCGAUCGUUUUUAAUUUAUUCAUGCAAAUGUGCUCGUGUAACGCCACCAUUAUUUGAGCGGCUUACGUGUAUAUUAUAAAUAAAAAAAGAAACCAAAUUUGAAUUUGGAAUCUGAUGGUUACUUUUUAAAAUAUCUAGAGCUGUGUCAACACUCGAAAUUUGCGUCCAUAACGACACAAGAUUGUACAUGUAGGUAAGUCAGCUUCUGCGUGGUUGUUUUUGUUUAUUUUAUUUUUUUUUUUGUAAUUUUAUUAAUUGUUAUCAUUUGUUUUUGUUUUAUUUUGCGGAUCCCAAUGCUACGAGGUAGAUAUACAGUGCCUGUUAGAAAUAUAUAUUUGUUAUCUAUGCAAAGUUUAUAGUCUGUGAACAGUCAUUGGGGUCCACAAAAUGAGUGAAUUCAUAAGAAUCUUACUUAGCCAAAGAUAUUAUUAUUGUUAAAAUCGCUGUAUUAAUAAAUAAUUUAUUGUUUAUUAUAUUUUGAAUAAAUCGCGGGUCCCGUGUCCCAUAACUAUUAUGUAAAAAAUACGUAACAGAUUUCUAUGAUAGAAAUAUAUAUUUAAAUGAGUAAAUUAUUAAAA